AUGGCUACAACAACUGCUGCGUCACUCCUCCGGGGCGUGGUCUGCGUCUGCUUCCUGGUUUGUGCCGCUGAAGUCCAGAAAAACAUCCCAGCUGAGUGUGGACAGAAGGUCACUCUGCCGUGCCGAGCUCCAAACAUCAGCAACAUAGAUGUGAACUGGAGCCGAGCUGACCUGGGAGAAGAAUAUGUCCUGUUCCACCGGGACGGGCGCUUUGAUCCAGACAACCAGCAUCCAGCUUUUAAGAAGCGGGUGGAUCUGCGGGACGGACGGAUGACGGAUGGAGACGUGUCUCUGACUGUGAAGGAUGUGACCGUUAAUGACACUGGAACAUACGAGUGUCGCGUCUUCAUGGAAGAAACACGCUCAUGGAAAUCCAUCUGCAUCAUCAGCCUGACAGCUCACAGCUCACACCUGAGUGUCCCUGAAGGUCCACCAGGAGGACUCAGAGAGGGUGGAGGGAAGGAGGGUGGAGUCAGCAGAGGCCGUGCUGCACUGAUAGCGAGUGUGUCACUCUGUGCUGUACUUGUUGUUGCUGCUGUUGCUUUGUGGAUCCACAGGAAACAUAAAGAAGAGCAGAGUCAGGAUCCAUCCCAUCCUCCUGCUGAACAGCAGACUGUUUGA